AUGGGAUUGGUCCUUAAUGAUAGCAAGGUGAAGACUUGGGAUGGGAGCAAAUCAAAGGGAAAGAAGAAGAAAGAUGAGGCAGUGGAGGAAACUGGAUGUUGGGUUAAGUUCAGUUUUGGGACUUGCAUGCCUUCAAGAUCCAAAGUUGAUAGCGCCAUGACUGGAACUACUAUUUCUUUUGCGGAAACUAAAUCUUCAAAUGAGAAAAGUAGAGAUCGAGAACUUACUCGUGGAGGAUCCUCUACAACUACUAGUAAUGGUGGAAGUACUUCAUCCACACCCUAUUUCAGUGAGGAACUGAAGGUUGCUUCUCAGCUCCGAAAAUUCACAUUUAAUGAACUUAAGCAAGCCACUAGAAACUUCAGACCUGAGAGUCUUCUUGGUGAGGGUGGAUUUGGCUGUGUGUUCAAAGGUUGGGUCGAGGAAAAUGGAACUGCUCCUGUGAAACCCGGUACUGGGCUUACGGUUGCAGUUAAGACUCUCAACCAUGAUGGACUUCAGGGUCACAAAGAAUGGCUUGCUGAAAUUUAUUUUCUUGGUGAUCUCAUCCAUCCUAAUUUGGUAAAGUUAAUUGGUUACUCCAUCGAAGAUGACCAAAGGUUGUUGGUUUACGAGUUUCUGCCAAGGGGAAGUUUGGAAAACCACCUCUUCAGAAGAUCCCUCCCUCUUCCAUGGUCUAUUAGAAUGAAAAUUGCACUCGGUGCUGCAAAGGGUCUGGCCUUUCUUCAUGAAGAAGUUCAAAGACCAGUCAUAUACCGUGACUUUAAAACAUCUAAUAUUCUUUUAGAUGCGGAUUACAAUGCCAAGCUUUCGGAUUUUGGACUUGCGAAAGAUGGUCCCGAGGGUGAUAAAACUCAUGUUUCCACACGAGUUAUGGGAACCUAUGGUUAUGCAGCCCCAGAGUAUGUGAUGACUGGACAUCUGACAUCAAAGAGUGAUGUCUAUAGUUUUGGAGUUGUCCUACUCGAAAUGCUAAAUGGCAGAAGAUCCAUGGAUAAAAAUAGACCCAAUGGGGAGCACAAUCUUGUGGAAUGGGCGAGACAACUUUUUGGAGACAAGAGGAGGUUAUUCCAGUUAAUUGACCCCCGGCUUGAAGGUCAUUUUUCGAUCAAAGGUGCGCAAAAAGCUAUCCAGCUGGCCGCCCACUGCCUCAGCCGUGACCCAAAAGCUAGACCAAUGAUGAGUGAAGUUGUUGAAGCCCUAAAGCCUCUACCAAACCUCAAGGAUAUGGCCAGUUCUUCCUAUCACUUCCAAACCAUGCAAGCAGCUCGUUCCAGGUCCACCUCAAAUGCUAAGAAUGGCAUUAGAACGCAGGCAGUAUUUGUACCAAGGAACGGACACCCCGUAAGAAGCUUGUCAAGUCCAAAUGGUCCUCCUGCUUCCCCAUAUUAUCCUCACAAAUCACCUAAACCUAACUCCAAAGGAUGA